UUGCAACCAACCACAGCUUUUAUUCUACCAUUAGACGUGUAACGCGAGAGGAGAAGAAACAUGCUCGCCGUUUUGCUCACAUUAAUCACGGUUGUGGUCCUCACUUACUACUAUUAUUUUCGGCGAUCGCGUAAGCGAUUCUACGAGCUGGCAGCAAAACUUCCAGGACCCUUCGAUUUACCUUUGAUCGGUAGCAUCCACGUUGGCUUCCGAAGGGGUCCAACGGAAAUAUUUGACUAUUUGCUUCAGUACUUGCAUACUGUGCCGACACCGAUGCGAGCAUGGCUCGGACCGUUUCUGUUCAUCUUCAUAGAUCAACCGGAGCAUCUGGCCGUGGUGAUGAACUCCCAGGACUGCCUGAAACGGUCGUACGUGUAUCAGUUCUUCCGAAACGAGAAGGGACUUUUCAACGCACCGCCGGAACUGUGGAGAAAGCUAAGGAAGCAGCUCACCCCUUCGUUUGCGGUUACCAGCUUGAGAAGUUUUGUGCCCACCUUCAACAAAAAAGCUGAUUUGCUAGUGAAAAAUAUGGAGUGUUUGGUUGGGCAGGAUUCGUUCGACAUGUUUAAUAAGGUCGGUGAAUAUGCCCUCGGAACGAGUGCGAUAAAUUCACUAGGGUUGGAUUUGGACAACGACACCAGUGAUUUCAAGAAACGCUAUCUGGAGAAUGCAGAGAAAAUGUUCACACUUAUGUGGUCCCGUAUUUACAAGGCUUGGCUACAGCCUGAGUUCAUCUACAAACUAACAUCCAGCUACCGUGAAGAGAUGGAGCGCCUUGAUAUGUUCCGAGGACUUUCCAAAAAGGUGCUAUCAAUGCGCAAGGAAGCUAGACAGAAGGACCUGAAAUCAGUGCGUCCCGAGCGAGACGAGAACAACGCCCGCCGUCCUCAACUUUUCAUCGAUAAACUGGAGCAAAUUGCCAACGAAACGGGUAUUCUGGACGAGGAAGGUGUGAUCCAGAACUUGGACACCUUCAUAUUCGCCAGCAACGAUACGACGUCGUCCGCGGUGGCUACAACUGUACUUAUGCUAGCAAUGCAUCCAGACGUGCAGGAACGUCUCUAUCGGGAAAUUAUGAAUGUUGUUCCGGGUUCCUACAUCGAUUAUGAUGAUGUGUCCAAACUCGACUAUCUGGAAAUGGUGAUAAAGGAGGCGAUGCGCCUGGUCCCAGCCGGAGCAGCAAUUGGGCGCGUGUGCGAGAAGGAAAUUCAGGUCGGCGAGUAUAUCAUUCCAGCUAAUGCUCAAAUAGUGUUUCCAAUAUUCAAACUACAUCGAGACAAGCGCAUCUGGGGUGAGCGAUCCGAAGAAUUUGAUCCAGAAAAUUUCUCGCCGGAGAAUUGCGCAAAGCGACACCCAUACGCAUAUCAGAGUUUCAGUGGAGGAAUCAGAAAUUGUAUAGGCAUCAAGUAUGCUUACAUAACCAUGAAAAUCGUCCUCGCCAAACUUAUAAAGAGCUACACGUUUUCCACUGACCUCACACUAGCGGAUCUAAAGUUUCACCUUUCGAUUGUGAUGCGAAUAGCAAACGGGUACAUGGUGAAGUUGGAACGACGAGAAUCGAAAGCGUCUCACACUUAGCUGCGUGAAAUCGCAUUUAUGGCGUAAAAGUUAAUUAAUAUUUUAAUCUCCUCGCGUCAACUAUGCGAAUUCGGGUAACUCAGGUCUUUUGUUAUUUUAAUUAGCCGUAAGUGCUAAAAGCAGUUAGACAUAAUAAUAGUCGGUAGGUUGAUUAUAUUGUUAUAUAACCGUAAGUUUGUCAAUUAGCACGCCGGGCAAUGAUUGUCGGGAAGAUAUUGUACGUUCUAAUGAUAACGACGCUGUACCGUAACAAAUGAAUACAUACAAUUGUAAAAUAUUCAAACCAGCAAUAAACUUAAUUAGGACUGGUAGCACAUCAUUCUAAUUCCAGUACCGAAUA